GCUACCACUGGACCAGCAUAUUGACUCUGCAGAAUACACGCAAAUAGAAAUCUCUCUCUCUCUCUCUCUCUCUCUGGUGCAGCUAGCGGUUUUUGCAUGGAAUUAUCUCCAGGAUACAUGUAUGGAGGCUUGAGCUCGCUCGGAAAAAACUUGUUUCUCUUGAUCGAUCAACACUUUUGAAUCUUCAUCCAUUGAAGGGAGUGAGGAAAUUAAAUCGAUCAUAGAAGAGUUGGUUCUGUACAGUACUGUUUCAGUACUUUGAAGCUUGAGAACAUGUCUUCUGCAUCUUGGAUCACAACUAUCUCAUGCUCGAGCCCUGUGAUUCAAUCCUCCAGUACUCUAUUCACAAUAUUCCAGUGGCUAAGAUUCAUUUUUCUCUCCCCAUGUCCUCAAAGAACUUUGUUAUCUUCCGUUGACCUCCUCUUCUUGCUCACCCUCAUGGUCUUUGCAGUUCUGAAGCUUUACUUAAAGUUCACUUCCAACGUCUCACCCAGCUCCGACCUCCGCAGGCCCCUCAUUAAAAACAACAAGACUAAUUUGAGGACUACACUCUCGUUUAAGCUGUGUCUGACUGUUAAUGUUCUGCUAACCUUUUGUUACACAGUUUCGUGCAUAUUGGCAUUCAGUAGAAUUAAGCAGUUGGCAUGGAAGCUAGUUGAUGGACUAUUUUGGCUAGUCCAAGCCCUGACUCAUGCAGUAAUCACAAUCUUAAUCAUCCAUGAAAAAAGGUUUCAAGCUGUUACUCAUCCCAUGUCACUUAGAAUCUAUUGGGUUGCAAACUUCCUUCUUACUGCCUUGUUUAUGGCAUCUGGGAUUAUACGUUUUGUCUUUGUUGAAGAACCUGGCGGGGACCCCGAUUUGAGACCAGAUGAUGUAGUUUCUUUGGUUUCUUUUCCAUUGUCCACAGUUCUUCUUUUUACUGCUAUUACAGGAUCUAAUGGGAUCACAGUGACCAGAGAAAGUGAAGCAGUUAUUGAUGUAGAAACAAAGUCAUAUGAACCCCUUUCGAGUGUGACUGGAUUUGCCUCGGCUUCUAUAAUAUCCAAGGCCUUUUGGCUUUGGAUGAAUCCCGUGCUGACCAAAGGCUACAAAUCUCCUCUCAAGAUUGAAGAAAUCCCGUCUCUUUCACCUGAACAUAGAGCUGAAAGAUUGAAUGUGCUGUUUGAAUCAAAUUGGCCUAAACCACAUGAAAAAUCAAAGCACCCGGUUCGAACAACAUUGUUCAGGUGCUUUUGGAAGGAAAUUUUCUUCACCGCCUCUCUUGCCAUUAUGCGGCUCUGUGUCAUGUAUGUAGGGCCCAUUCUUAUACAAAGUUUCGUGGAUUUCACCUCUGGGAAGCAAAGCUCCCCUUAUGAAGGAUACUACCUUGUAUUCACUCUACUCUUGGCAAAAUUUGUCGAAGUUUUAACGACUCACCAAUUUAAUUUCAACUCUCAGAAAGUUGGAAUGCUUAUUCGAUCCACUCUUAUCACCUCUUUGUACAAGAAGGGCCUGAAGUUGACUGGUUCUGCUCGGCAGGCGCAUGGAGUCGGACAAAUAGUGAAUUACAUGGCUGUUGAUGCUCAGCAGCUCUCUGAUAUGAUGCUACAACUACAUUCUAUAUGGUUAAUGCCCUUGCAAGUUUCUGUGGCCUUGGUGCUCCUAUAUAACUACCUUGGUGCCUCAGUGCUUACAGCAGUUCUAGGACUUCUUGGUGUGAUGUUAUUUAUCAUUAUGGGUGUCAAAAGGAAUAGACGGUUCCAAUCCAAUCUGAUGAAAGAUCGUGAUUCGCGAAUGAAGGCAACAAAUGAGAUGCUCAACUACAUGCGAGUGAUCAAGUUCCAGGCAUGGGAGGAACACUUCAAUAAGAGAAUACAAGCAUUCCGGGAAUCGGAGUUUGGAUGGCUUACCAAGUUCAUGUACUCGGUCUCUGGCAAUGUUGUUGUGCUGUGGAGCGCCCCAUUACUGAUAUCAACCCUCACAUUUGCUGCUGCGCUUUUCUUGGGAGUCACACUUGAUGCAGGGACAGUGUUCACGACGACAACAAUCUUCAAAAUCUUGCAGGAACCAAUCAGGGCAUUUCCUCAAUCAGUGAUCUCAAUUUCUCAAGCAAUGAUAUCACUUGGGAGGUUGGAUAAGUACAUGAUGAGUAGGGAAUUGACGGACGACUCCAUAGAGAGAGAGCAGGGAUGUGAUGGUAGAAUUGCUGUGCAGUUUAAAGAUGGGGUGUUUAGCUGGGAUGAUGAAAAUGGGGAGGAAGCCUUGAAAAAUAUAAAUUUUGAGAUCAACAAAGGGGAUCUUACAGCUAUUGUUGGGACUGUGGGAUCUGGGAAGUCUUCUCUCCUAGCGUCAGUUCUUGGUGAGAUGCACAAAUUAAGAGGAGAGGUCAGGGUUUGCGGAACAACUGCCUAUGUUGCUCAGACGUCUUGGAUUCAAAAUGGCACCAUCCAAGAGAACAUCCUAUUUGGUUUGCCACUGGAUAUAGAGAGAUACAAGGAAGUCAUUAGGGUUUGUUGCUUGGAAAAAGACUUGGAAAUGAUGGAGUGUGGAGAUCAGACUGAGAUUGGAGAGCGUGGAAUCAAUUUAAGUGGUGGCCAGAAGCAGAGGUUACAACUUGCCCGGGCCGUGUAUCAAGAUUGCGAUAUCUAUCUUCUUGAUGAUGUCUUUAGUGCUGUUGAUGCACAUACUGGAACAGAAAUAUUCAAGAAAUGUGUGAGAGGGGCUCUCAAAGGCAAGACCAUUUUACUUGUAACCCACCAAGUUGAUUUCUUGCAUAAUGUGGACCUUAUCUUGGUCAUGAGAGAUGGCAUGAUAGUGCAAUCGGGAAAGUACAAGGAGCUACACGAUUCUGGCAUGGAUUUCACUGCACUAGUAGCUGCCCAUGAAACAUCCAUGGAGCUUGUAGAGGCGAGCACCACCUUGCCUGGUGAAAAUUCCCCCCAAUUACCAAAAUUAUCUGAAACCUCUUCCAACCAUGGGGAAGCCAAUGGUGAAAACAACUCUCUAGACCAACCAAACUCUAAUAAGGGAACUUCCAAGCUCAUCAAAGAAGAGGAGAGAGAGACUGGCAAAGUGAGCUUGCAUGUUUAUAAACUUUAUUGUACCGAGGCUUUUGGGUGGUGGGGAGUGGCACUAGUGCUGCUUCUAUCCCUCCUAUGGCAAGCAUCUAUAAUGUUGGGUGACUAUUGGCUGGCAUACGAAACCUCAGAAGAGCAGGCUAUGUCAUUCAACCCUUCUUUGUUUAUUUCUGUCUAUGCAAUCAUUGCUGCUGUCUCACUUGUGUUGGUAUUGAUAAGAGCUUUCUCUGUUACAUUUGUGGGGCUUAAGACAGCCCAAAUUUUCUUUGCACAAAUUCUUCACAGUAUCUUGCAUGCUCCCAUGUCAUUCUUUGACACGACCCCAUCGGGAAGAAUUCUUAGUCGGGCAUCAAGUGAUCAGGCAAACAUUGACCUAUACCUCCCAUUUUUUACGAGCUUAACAGUUACUGCGUACAUCACAGUGAUUGGCAUCUUUAUUAUCACAUGCCAGUAUUCUUGGCCCACAGUAUUCUUACUAAUUCCGCUUGCAUGGCUGAAUAUCUGGUACCGGGGGUACUAUCUAGCAUCAUCUCGGGAAUUAACUCGCCUUGAUUCUAUCACAAAAGCUCCUCUUAUCCAUCAUUUCUCAGAAAGUAUCUCUGGCUUUGUAACCAUCCGCUCUUUCAAGAAGCAGGAUAGAUUUUGUGAGGAGAAUUUCAAGCGUGUUGGUUCGAAUUUACGAAUGGUUUUCCACAAUAAUGGAUCAAAUGAGUGGCUAGGUUUCCGUUUAGAAUUGCUUGGGAGCUUCAUCCUCUGCAUUUCAGCAUUGUUCAUGGUCCUGCUGCCUAGCAGUAUCAUAAGGCCCGAAAAUGUUGGUUUAUCUCUGUCCUAUGGAUUGUCCCUAAAUGGUGCACUAUUCUGGGCCAUAUAUAUUAGCUGCUUUGUGGAAAAUAGAAUGGUGUCUAUUGAGCGAAUAAAGCAAUUCACCAAUAUUCAAUCAGAAGCUGCAUGGGAAAUCAAAGACUGUCUCCCUCCUCCAAACUGGCCUACCCAUGGAAAAAUUGACCUCAAAGACUUGCAGGUCAGAUAUCGUCCAAACACUCCCCUAGUUCUGAAAGACAUUACUCUAAGCAUUCAUGGGGGUGAAAAAAUUGGUGUUGUUGGCCGAACAGGAGGUGGGAAGUCAACUUUGAUCCAGGUUUUCUUUAGGUUGGUGGAACCUUCGGGGGGAAGAAUAGUUAUAGAUGGCCUUGACAUUUGCAUGCUAGGGCUUCAUGAUCUUCGGUCUCGGUUUGGUAUCAUUCCUCAAGAACCAGUCCUUUUUGAAGGAACAGUGAGAAGCAACAUCGAUCCAAUUGGACAAUAUUCAGAUGAAGAGAUAUGGAAGAGCCUGGAGCGCUGCCAACUUAAAGAUGUGGUGGCUGCAAAACCUGAUAAACUUGAUUCUUUUGUGGUUGAUAAUGGAGAGAAUUGGAGUGUGGGGCAAAGGCAGCUUCUCUGUUUGGGGAGGGUUAUGCUUAAGCACUGCAAAGUCUUGUUCAUGGAUGAGGCCACAGCUUCUGUUGAUUCACAAACUGAUUCUGUAAUUCAGAAGAUCAUCAGGGAGGAUUUUGAAGCCUGUACAAUUAUCAGCAUUGCUCACCGAAUACCCACUGUCAUGGACUGUGAUAGGGUUUUAGUAAUAGAUGCAGGACGAGUUGGGGAAUUCGAUAAACCAUCUCGCUUGCUUGAGCAGCCGUCACUCUUUGGGGCAUUGGUUCAAGAGUAUGCCAACCGUUCGUCUGGACUGUAAGACCAAUAUGAUUUCCUAUCCAACUCUGCAGCCAGUCUUGGCCAGUUCUCUGGGGUUGCCCAUCAGAUUCCAUGACAGAAAUCCCCUACAAGGAAGCUGAUGCAUGGGAUUUGGUUAUCAACAGCCACCGCUCCAAUGUUCGGAAAAUUUAUUAGAUACUGCUCAAAUAUAGAUGGCGUAAUGCUUUUGUAACAUGACACUAAUUUCUAAUGACAUGGCAUCCUGUGUAAUAGGAUAAUAAAAGUACCACAUGUCCUUAUUUCGAGACUACCAAAUAUGCCAUGUGGACAUCCCAAUAUUAAUGCCAUUCAAUAUACUAUUAUGUAAUCGCAAGGACACAAAUAUACGAAGAACAAUGUUACUUUAUCCA